AUGAGAGAGUCGUGGCUUGUGGCAGGCGAUAUGAACGAUAUUGCUUUUGAUCGCGAAAAGAAAGGGGGAGCUACUAUUUGUCAAAACAAGUGUAAGAAGUUCAUAGAUUGGAUUGACAAGUGUGGUUUGAUUGAUUUGGGAGCUGUAGGGGCUAGGUUUACGUGGAAGGGUCCGAUCUAUAAUGAUGGUCAACUUAUAUAUGAGAGACUUGAUAGAGCUCUUUUCAAUGAGAAUUGUAGAAUCUACUUUCGUGAUGGUUUUGUUUAA